AUGAUAAAAGAUGAAACAGAAAAUAUUGAUUUGAAUGGUAAUUUUAUCAUGAUUCCUUUGAUUUCCUUGCUAGCUGAAAAUGCUUUAGGAUUAACUAUCACUGAAGGAAGUGAGAUGGAUCAAGGUUCUAUUAUUGACAAGCUUAUCAAAGAUCCAUUAACAACUUUGAGUGAAAAAGAUGACAAUAUAGAGAUUUCUAUGGCUCGAAAUCUAACAGAUAACUCAACAGCAACAACAAAGAAAUCUUCUGUUAAUGAACUUGAAUCAAAAAUGAAAAUCUGGAAUGUGCUGUUUUAUGGUGAUGUUCCAUACAUACUUGCAUAUGCUGCUGCAGGUUAUCGGCUUGGAUUUUUUGCCAUCAACAACAAAAAAGAAUUAAUCAAAAUUUCUAAACGGUUUAGGCUUACUGAUCCUAAGGACAGAUCGCAAAUUCUUAAAUGUGUAAUUAAUAUUUAUUGCAUUAUAGCAACUUUAAAAAAGUUUGUUCCAAAGUAUUUCAUCUGCCUGUAUGAAAAUAUUUAUCGACCUCAUAAAACAGUUGUACAAAUACAUGAUAGUUUUAUUGUCAAAACAAUUAACAAUUAUUCAACUUUCAUUAAUGGGGAUUUUGAUAUCAUGAAAGCAUUAUAUAAAGAUACAGCUGAUAUUGCAAACCUUAUACAUUCAUGUGACAAGUGUGGGAAACCAGAUCUUCCCACUUUAUUUAGAAAGAAGUACAAGGUGACAUUGGCACCAUUGGGUUAUCAAUUCAAUCCUACAGAAGAAUCAGAACUUAAAACGGCUAUUCAAACUGUUCUUGAAGUUAUUAGAGAUAUGCAUUCUAUUGGAUAUGUACACCAUGACUUACGAUGGCCAAAUGUUCUUCAGCAGGUAGAUGGAAAAUGGUUAGUUAUUGAUUUGGAACAUGGAGGAAGGUUAGAUGUAGCUCCAGGAUUUGGUCCUUUGAGCAAUUGGCCACCUCAAGCAACAGAAAAUAAUGAAUAUAGACAAGAAUAUGAUGUAUACCAAGUGGGAAAGAUGAUGGCAGAUUGUAUAUUUAUGAAAUCAGAUUUGUGUAAAUAUUUGCAGAAAAGGCUUCUUGAAGCACCACAAAUAUCUUUAACAGCUGUUGAAGCUCUCAAAGAUAAAUGGUUUCUACACCAACAGUGA